AUGAUGACCUCGUCUCGGCCCCUCGACAACGGCGAGAGCUUUGCAAGCCGGCGAGGCCACAGCAACCAGUUAUCAAUAUCAGACCCCAGUCACCAUGUCACCGAAGCGAUUGGAACACUUUACGACGACAGCGACGAUGACUCACUUCACGAACCUCGGCGAAACAGUCGCCCACUCAGCUUCAUGGCGUCUCCGUACGGCGGAGAACAGAUCCAGAAGGCCCAGUAUACCCGGUUGCAGCCUCAAGUACAGACACCCCACCAGCCUUAUGAACGAAAUCAACAACGCAUAUCUGAAGACACAUUACUGUCGACGAAGUCCACAGCGGCCCCGAACAGCGGCUCCUCAGGAAAGCUAGCCCAAACACCGCCAGCUCGAGCACCUAGCCAGAAAAGCGCUUUAUCCUACGAAGCUUCCCUGACACCCCUGCAACCCCUAUCCCCCUUGUCCCCGACUUUGUCUCUUCGUGAUGUUCAAGCAGACACUCACAGCACCUCCCAGUUUCCUAUCACAAAUAUCGAUAACCCGGACGACAUCGCACAGGAACUCAGCAAUUUACAGGCUCUCCGUCGCAUGUCGAUAGAUGUUGGUAAUACUGCUGAUCCAGACCUCAUGCCUUUCCAAGGCCUGUCUCUAAUGGCAAUGCCAUCCAUCGCACCUACUGGGGAGGACGAUGAAGGCGACAUCUCCAGGUUGCUUUGGGUUCCCGCUAAAGUGCACCCGGAGCUCGCUCCCGACCAAUUUAAAAACUUUCUCGAGAAUCGGGUGCAGUCCAUGAGGCGGCGAUCGGGAGAGUCGUCAUUAUCUAUCGACGCCACACAAAUGAACAAUACCGGGCUGAUGAGGAAGAGAUCGAUGCUGUCAAGACAAGUGGACAGUGACGUUGCAAAACCAGGUACCGGCAGAGGUGGACAAGACGACGACGACCCUACAAACCCAGCUUCGAGAAGUAGAGGCUCGUCGGCCAGUGUUUCUUUUGGCACACCAGAGUUAAGUUUGAAUGAACUGGUCAAAGAUCCGACGAAAGUGGUCCAAAAGCUAGCGAUGGACACACAACGUCAAACUGAAGCCAGCCUCGAAAGAAGCGGCCUCGAUGAUGACAAACCAAUCUUACCCGUUCCAUCUAUGGGUUUGCGAAGGUCAACUCGGACCACUUAUCGGAAAGGUGGUAGUCUUAGGUCUGGUAAUCGGCAACCGCUCUCCAAGCGAGGAGCUGUGCGGCAAACGGAAAAAGAUGACGAUAAAGAGGCGGACGGAAUAGCAUCGGGGUCAACCGAGAUACCCAUCCCCGGUGUGUUACAGCGUGUCCUGUCAGAACCUAUCCAUACAGAGGGGUCUUCUCGCCCAUCGCUCUUUACGAGAAGGAAACUCUCAUUUACACAGGAGCAUGUGGUAGCAACUGUUCCAGAAGUAGACUUUUCACCGUCUGAAUCGACUUCCACGGAUAUACCGCUGUCCGCCCUGCUUGACGAAACUACAGCAGACUCAACUUCUCCAAACACCCUUGGCCCUUCUAUAUCUGCGGCCGAGUCAGUGUCUCAUACCUCUCCCCCCAACCGUCCUCAUGGAUCAAGUUCGGCCGAAUCAUCGCAGCAAUCCCCACAGCGAUCAUCGUCGCAAGCCAUUAACAUUCCACCUUUAUCACAACCCUCGACGGCUAUACAGAACCAGCAAACAGGCGCCGACGAACAGCAACACCAGCCUCCACCUCGAUCAAGCCGGCGACCAUCUGGCGGGCGCGCUAACUCGCAUCAACCUCCCCCAGCAGCAGCUGCAACGGCCGAUCUGACAAUAGCCUCACCUAUAGCAGCCUCCAAGCUUACUCCAACACCACAGGAAAGUGUCCAGCGCUCAACACCAGCUCCAGCAGCUGCUUCUACUCGGACCGAUAACUUGGCGUCCAGUCCAACUACGCCGGUAGACGAACGGAAACCGGACAAAAGGGCCAAGGACAGGGAGGAAAGCGAAGGCAGCAAAUCCACGGGCUGGAAAUGGUUCAAGAAUGACGACAGAGACAAAAAGAAGAAGGAAAAAGACGAUCUGCUUAAGAAGGCACGGGCGAAAAGUAUCGGAGAGCGUAUACAGACAGACAAGUCUCACGACAACGCUCGCCUCGACGUGCUGCAAAGUUCUAUCGACAACGGCAACCACAAAGGACGAGAGAGCGUAGUCCUAGAUCGGGAUAACGGAGACAACAAAUCGCGCGACGAAAAGAAGAAAGAGAGCAGCCGGAAAUCCAGUGAAGCAAGGAAGGAGAAGGAUGGCUUUUCCUUCGGCUCGAUAUUUGGUGGAUCUCGCCGAAAGGAGAAUAGGGAAGGCGGGAGCAGCAAGAGCAAGCAGAGAGCGGCGUCACCCGAGCCUCCGGUGAUUCUACUUCGUCCGGACGUGGACUACCCCUUCACGCGAUUUCCGAUUGUGGAGGAGCGUGCCAUCUACCGAAUGGCACACAUAAAACUUGCCAACCCGCGACGUGACCUGCGGAGCCAGGUACUGCUAUCGAAUUUUAUGUAUUCGUACUUGGCAAAGGUUCAAGCCAUGCACCCGCAGCUAAAUGUUCCAGUUUCUCCUCAGCAGAAACGUCAGGAAGAGGAGCGAAAACGCCGGGAACAAGAGGAGCAACAACAAAAAUACAUGGAGCAGCAGAUGCAAAUCCAGCAGCACCAGUCCCAAUCCGGCACCGAAGAAUACAACCUUGAAUAUCACGGGGAAGCAAUUCAAUAUGGAGACUUGAGUCAUCACCAAGAGGGCGAACGUGUUGAUUAUGUUGACAAUGCUCAAAAGUUUGAUCAUGCCCAGGGUGACCACCAGAAUCAUGAUUCUUUUGUCGUGGGCGAAGCGUCGAAGCAGCUCGAGCGAAGCGAAGGCUACGAGAAUGAGGGUCAAAAUAGUGGAGCACGUGGCUAUUAUGACUACGGCCACUCUGAUGAUAGCCAACAUGAUGAUGGUGGCAUGUGGUGA